UGGAAAUGCGCAUAAUUAACAGUAAUGGCGAAGUUAUUACUUAUACAGAUUCUAAAAAUCCUGCAUUGUUUAAAGCGGUAAGUGCAAACUUGGGAUGUUUUGGAGUUAUCAUUGACAUGAAAAUGAAACUCGUUCCUGCCUUUGAUGUCGAAGUAAAUAAUGUAUACAUGAAACUAGACGAAAUACUCAAAGAGGAAACACUAUACAACUUAUUCAAAAACAACUGGUCGGUUGAGAUAUUUUGGUUUCCUUUUAAUUCUUUUAAUCCAGUCGUCAACUCCGACAUGAUUACAGAUGAUAAAGUGUGGAUCCGAAAGAUAAACCCAGAAAAAAGAAGGAGAGAAAAAGCCUGAAACAUAUUACGAACUGAAAAAUAUGGUAGAUUGGGUGUCACAAGAAGUUCUGGCACUAAUUUCACCUGUACUCGCUAAUCAUCCUCCUUUGGUUACUUGGACUGCAAGACCAUCGUUUUGCGCAAUAGAAUACAUCAAUUAUCCAACUGGUCCAAUACUUGAGGAACUUCCACGAGCUAUUCAUUUUAGAAAUUACAUUGAGAAAGCCCCUGUGUAUGACAUGGAAUUUGCCUUCAAUUUUGAUAAAACAAAACUUGUCGAGAUCAUUACUGUGGUUACGAAAAAGGUAGACGAUUACAAGAAGUACGGUCAAUACCCACUGAACAUUGCUAUGGAAAUGCGUGUAAUGGGUCACAGUGGAGCACUUCUUUGUCCAGGUAUAAUUGGAAAUACAGAAUACGGCGGAUCCGGACAAGUGUUAUUCAUAGAGGUCUUAAGCGUUAUCAAUACAAAACAAUGGACAAGGUUUUGCACGGAAGUAGGACUAAAAUGGAUGAAGUUGGGUGGUAUUCCACAUUUAGCUAAACAAUGGGAUUUUCUUCCAAACAUCGAAGAUUACAUUUACAAAAGUAAGAAAAUACAGAUCGAUGAAUUUACAAAGCAACUCAAGGAAUCUAAUGCUGAUCCAAAGGGAAUGUUUCUAAACGAAAGCAUUAAAAGGCUAUUGCGACUUUAACAUGUCAGAUUGAAAACAUUUACAAAUAGUGCUGUAAUUUCUUUAAGGGAAAUUUUCAAACUGAUUGU